UGGAAAAGAAAAAAAAAGCCCACACCGACAGUAACAUGAAAAGUCCGAACUGUUUUCCACGCUGUGGUGGGACAAUCGCAGGGGUGCUGCACCCGCGUUACCUACAGACGUGACAGAGCACAAACGAAAAGCGGUUGGCCAUGAGUGAAGGCAGAGCAGUCAGGAUGGGGCCCUCUCGCCCUGCUCUGCUCUCCUUGUCCCCACCUUCCACCCCUCCAAACCAGCAGCAGACAUGGCAGGGACAGCGUUUGCAGCUUCAUCACUGAUUUUAGCCAGCCCAUGUCUCAGCUUCCUCCUGUGUGAGCUGCUAUACUACAAGGGCACUGCAGAAGCAGUCGGUGCCAAAAUCUAAGCUUGAUACCCAGGCUAAGUAAUAUUUAGAAGUUGCAGGGGGAUCACAGGGCUGGUUUUGCUCAGGGCGGCCAGACAGGGCGCAGUUAGGUGUGUGCUGUGGUUAAGCGAAGGCUGAGGAGCGAGGGAGCCAGGGGACCAGCACCCCAUUCCAUGCAGAGGGGCGUGCAGCCCAUCCGGCGUCCCCCCCCCGUCUGUGAUCUCAUUAUGGGGCAUAUUCCAGAACCACCAGACAGACUGGGUUUUCAGAGAAGGAGGGCAAAGCCAAACGCCCGUAGCACCUCAGGGAGAAGCACCUUCCACUGUCUCACGCUUCAACAUGGGCGAUCACUUGGCUGCCACCGGCUAUUCAUCCUCAUACAUGGAGCGGAAGAUGAGUGCCAUGGCUUGCACCAUCUUCAACGAGCUUCGCCUGGAAGGGAAGCUCUGUGAUGUGAUCAUCAGCGUGGGUGGCACCGAAUUCAACGCUCACAAGAACAUCCUCUGUAGCUGCAGUCACUAUUUCAGGGCUUUGUUCACCAGCAGCUGGAACAAUGCAGAUAAAAUACUAUAUAAAAUCCCUGGAACUACACCUGAAAUGAUGAGGCUCAUUAUCGAGUACGCCUACACCAGGAUCGUACCGAUCACGGUCGACAACGUGGAGAGUUUGUUAACUGCAGCAGACCAGUUCAACAUCAUGGGCAUCAUCAGACUGUGCUGCGAGUUCUUAAAAUCCCAGCUAUGCUUGGAAAACUGCAUCGGCAUCUGUAGACUCACAGAUUAUUACCACUGUCCCGACCUACGAGAAGCAGCCUAUGUAUUCAUCCUCCACCACUUCGAGGACAUCUACAAGGUGUCCACCGAGUUCCUAGACCUCUCCGCCGACGAACUGAAGCACAUCAUCGAGAAGGACGAGCUCAACGUGAAACAAGAAGACGCCGUGUUCGAGGCCAUUCUGAAAUGGAUCGGUCACGAGCCGGAGAAGAGGAGGAAGCACACUGCAGACCUGCUGAGCAGGGUUCGCCUGGCACUGAUGCAAGCAGAUUACUUCAUGAACAACGUCAAAGGACACGAUUACGUGAAGGACAACGAGGAGUGCAAGUUUCUCAUCAUCAACGCGCUGACAGAAAUGUACAACCUCAACAUGCACGGCCCAUCUUUCACCAACUUCAGCAACCCGCUCACCCGGCCUCGCCUGCCUUACGCCGUCUUGUUCGCCAUCGGAGGCUGGAGCGGGGGGAGCCCAACCAACGCCAUCGAGACGUACGACACCCGCGCAGACAACUGGGUGAACGUCACGUGCGAGCAAGAAAGCCCCCUCGCCUACCACGGCACGGCUUACCUGAAAGGCUUUGUCUACGUUAUCGGGGGGUUCGACAGUGUGGAUUAUUUCAACAGCGUCAAGCGGUUUGACCCGCUGCAGAAAACGUGGCAGCAGGUCGCGCCCAUGCACUCGCGGCGCUGCUACGUCAGCGUCACCGUCCUCAACGAAUACAUCUACGCCAUGGGAGGGUUCGACGGGUACAUGCGCCUCAACACGGCAGAACGGUACGAGCCGGAGACGAACCAGUGGACGCUCAUCGCCCCCAUGCACGAGCAGAGAAGCGACGCCAGCGCGACCACGCUGCACGAGAAGGUGUAUAUAUGCGGUGGGUUCAACGGCAACGAAUGCCUGAUCACAGCUGAGGUGUACGAUGCCAUGAAAAAUCAAUGGACCUUCAUAGCGCCCAUGCGAAGCAGAAGAAGCGGAGUAGGUGUGAUCGCGUAUGGGAACGAAGUGUAUGCGGUGGGAGGAUUCGACGGAGUCAACCGGCUCAAGAGCGUGGAAGCUUACAACCCCGUGGCCAACACGUGGCGCGUGGUCCCCAACAUGUUCAAUCCCCGCAGCAACUUUGGCAUCGAGGUGGUGGACGAUCUCCUGUUUGUGGUUGGCGGCUUUAACGGUUUUACCACUACUUUCAACGUGGAGUGUUACGAUGAAAACAGUAACGAGUGGUACGACGUUCACGACAUGGGCAUUUACCGCAGCGCCCUGAGCUGCUGCGUCGUGCCGGGUCUGUCGAACGUCGGGGAUUAUGUUGCCAGACGAGACACUUACGUGGAUGAAGCUUCAAAGGAAGUGAGGUUCACUUCUUCAACAAGUAGCCUGCCCGCAUAAACAGCUCCGCUUAGCUAAUAAAGUCUUCCAAGCAGCAAGUAUAUGUAUUCACUUAUUCUAAAAUAAAAACAACUUAUACGGGCCAAAAGAAUAAUGAGUAUUUAAAACUUACACUUUGUGGUGCCACAGAAUGAAUCGGCCACAGCCUCCAGAGCGACUUCAAAAAGAAAAGGUACAACAGAAUGCUAGAGAAAUAAAAGGUUUAUUUUAUUUAAUUCACUUAUUACAAUAAACUUUAGUACAGUGUAUUUAAGAUAAAGAACAUUACAGUAGGAUUUGUUCCGAACAGCCUAUACACACACACUACUUUACCUUACUGGAAGUAAGUACAGGAUGCUGCUUCCCCAAGCAAAGCUGCUGAAGUUACAUUAACAGCGCCAGGAGACCAGAGCUGCCGUGAUCCACAGCGACUCGCACCUACGGGGAGCAUCUGGCUAUUAAUGGUCUUCAAACAUCUCCUUAGUUCCACACUUCACAUUCAUAUUAGUAACAGGAAUAGAUCCUCAGGAGCACUUGUUUUAUCAGCCUUCCCCUCAGGACUGUCGAAUUAGAGAUAUCAUUUAUACCCUCAUGGAAUGUGGACACAGCUGAAAGUAAAUCUAAGCCAUAAACCACUUAUUUUAAGCUUGCUUUUUUGAAAGCCCAUUGAAUGUUACAACAUACUAUUACAAGGCUGUGUUAAAAAUAACCUAAAGAGUUGCAACUCUCCAUGACUCAAGUUUGUCAGUAGCAAUAAGACUAUUUGGUGACAAACAAGUUGAGCCAAUAGCUCCGAUUUUAACACUUACUGUAAUGAAGAAAAACGAUACUGAAAUAGCACAGCAGAAUACUUGGCAUAGUUAUUCCCAAUGCAUGCUAAAAAGCUGGCAUGUUUUCUUCAUUUCUGGAGUGGUACCCUACUAUGUGCAAGAGAGUCUUAUUAAAAAUACAUACAAACCCAGCAUACUAACAGAGUAUUCACGUAGUUAUAAAAUAUUAUGUACACAUAUGGCACCUAGAAGUUACUACGAUGACUGCUGAGUGCUUGGGAGGAUGUGUCCUACCUACCCCACUAAUAUUUUGAGCAGAGAGACAGGACAUGGAACAUGCAUUUUGUGGCACGUAUUCAGUACAGGUAGAGACGUAUGAUUGUCGUAAGGAGGAGGAAAAACUCCACCCGAUGUUCUUUUACAU